AUCUGAAAUCACAGAGAAAUACCGGAACACACCACCCUGCCAGUCCGACAAACACAGUCGCACGCAUACUCCAGUGAUCGUCAUCCCAUCCCACCUAACUCAAUCUCAAACCACUCCAGAAAAAUAAUUAAUAUUGAUUUCCCAGUGACAUGAAUUUCAUCGAAACUUCCGGGCAGUGCCCUUUACAUAUGACGCCAGCCACAGCGCUUCCAUCUCAUAAUCUUCUCUGACUAGGUCUACCGUUCAUAGUCCUUAACCCUUUCUCUCGUUCUCUUCCUCUCCCCCAAAAUUGAAUCAUGGUGAAAUCGAAGUCGUGCUUCGAGGAAGAUAUGUGGCCACCGGGGUUUCGGUUUCACCCUACGGACGAGGAGCUUGUGCUGUACUAUCUGAAGAGGAAGAUCUGUGGGAGAAGGCUCAAGCUCGAUAUCAUCGCCGAUGUCGAUGUUUACAAGUGGGACCCCGAGGAGUUGCCUGGGCUAUCUAUACUUAAAUCUGGAGAUAGGCAGUGGUUCUUUUUCAGUUCGAGAGAUAGGAAGUACCCUAAUGGAGGACGGUCAAAUAGAGCAACCAGCCAUGGGUAUUGGAAAGCAACAGGAAAGGAUCGUAGCAUUACCUGCAACUCUCGGAUAGUGGGAGUAAAGAAGACCUUGGUGUUCUAUAGGGGGCGUGCACCAAAUGGGGAGCGAACUGACUGGGUGAUGCAUGAGUAUAUCGUGGACGAGGAGGAGCUUAAGAGAUGCCAGAAUGUACAGGAGUAUUAUGCUCUUUACAAGCUUUACAAAAAAAGUGGACCCGGUCCUAAAAAUGGUGAGCAAUAUGGGGCUCCAUUUAAAGAAGAAGAAUGGGUCGAUGAUGAAUGUUUGGAUUUUAACAACUCUGCUGAUAGGGAUAUAAACGAGGUUACUUCUGUCUCUGUUGUGAGAGUCAAUGGUCAAGUCCAGUCUACAUUAGAUGGAUUUGAGGAGUUCAUGAAGCGCAUCGCAGAUGAGACUGAGCUUGACCAGCCACAAACCAAUGAUUAUGCUCACAACCAAUCUCAGGUUGGCAAAGAAGAAACACAGAGUACCAUGGUGGAUCCAUCCUUCAGGGAAGGUAUCACUAAUGAACCCAGCAGAGUGCUGCAACCAAGUGGUCAGCUGUAUGAUGUGCCUGCCAGCUUUGGCCACAGACAGACAGCCACUUCUCAACUGCAAACUCACGAGACACUGGAGGCUAUAUCUGCUCCAAAUCAUAAAGAAAAUAAACCUCUAGUAAUACAUGAAGAGGACUUCCUGGAAAUUGAUGAUCUCCUCAAUCCCCAACCUGGUUUUGACAAUAACAAAGUUGUCGAGAACUUGCAGUUUCAGGCUGAUGGAUUGUUCGACUUUGACCAGUACCAUGAUGCGGCAAUGUUUCUUCAUGACAUUGGCUCAACCAAUUCACAUAUAGUUGCAGAUCCAUAUAUAAAUAUCAUUGAGAAUCAUAUGGUAAACCAAUUUGAUUAUCAGUUGCAACCCAAUCUAGAUGGUGCUGGUCAGAUUGACAAUCAGCCAUGGACACAUGAUCAAGGGAGAAACAUCCAUAAUUCGGCAGAAUCAAACCUGGGUCCUUUUAUUUCACCAUCCUCUGGCAUCGAAUGUGACCCUACAAACAUUCCCACCAAAGAAAAUGAAAAUGGCUGUGAGGAUGGUGAUGCUGCUAGUCCGUUCUCGUCCGCACUUUGGGCGUUCGUGGAGUCAAUACCCACAACUCCAGCAGCGGCUUCGGAGAACGCUUUGGUGAAUCGUGCUUUUGAGCGGAUGUCUAGCUUUGGUCGGGUUAGAUUGAAUCUGAAAAACACAAAUGUCUCUGUCGGAACUGGUGCUGAAACUGUAAGGAGGAGGAGGGCAGGCAUUAGCAAGGGAAUUUUGUUAAUUUCAGUUAUUGGAAUAGUCUGUGCUAUAUUGUGGGUGCUGAUUGGAACUCAUGUGAAAGUGUUGGGGACACGCAUAUCCUCCUGAACAUAAAUGAACAGCAAGUUUUCUGCUA